CUGCAUUUGAUUUGGCAGUUCAAUUUUUAAAUAUUUGCAAGCUUUUAACUGAAAAUGUCGCCACCAUCUGGUGAAUUCCGUUGCCGAGUUUGUCUUAAACAGGAUGAACUUCUGGUGGAUAUCUAUGAGAUCGUGGAGGAGAUGCAAGUGGACCUGUGUACCUUGCAGCCAAUGUAUUUAUGCCAGGAGUGCACCAACGAGCUUCUCAUCGCCGCCAAGUUUCGCAAAAUAUGCGUGGAGUCGGAGAAGUUGCGCGAUAUGGCUCCGGAGAUAAACAUAGACACGGCAGAACCCCUAGCUUCGGAGGAAAUAAUUAUUAUUGAUCCCAGCGACUAUAUUGAACAGCUCUCCGCUGUGGAGGAUCCCGAAAAUGAACCUAUUGGAGUUUCACGCUGGAACUGCCAGCAUUGUGGCGCUGGUUUCCAGCUAUCGGAAGUACUGCGUCGGCACAUCCAAGAAGUACAUGCUUCAAUAACUAUUAUAGACUGUAGGGAGCGCAGGCGGAUCUUUACGAAAUUGGGUUGCUACCAGGUCCACAAUUGCUCCUAUGCCAAGACACCCAAACGUGGGCACAAGUGCCUGGAGUGCGGUAAGUGCCUUCAAUCCGCCUCUAGUCUGGCAAGCCACAUUCGCCUGCACACCGACGAAUGGCCCUUCACCUGCGAUCAGUGCGCCAAGGCCUUCAGGACCAAUGGAGCAUUGGAGGUUCAUCAGAGGCGCCAUAAGCAGGUCUUGCAGCACAAGUGCCUGCACUGCGGGCGUGGUUUUGUAGAAUCAGCGACGCCACAUAGUUAACAGGCACACGGAGGAACGUCCGCAUCUUUGCAACGUCUAUCAGCGCAGUUUCUCCAGGGUCUACAUGCUCGAGCUGCAUCUCCGCACAAACACUGGCGAAAGACCCUACGCCUGCCAGCAUCGUGACAAACGUUUCGCCCAACUGGGAGUCCUCAAGAUUCACGAGCGGAUCCAUACCGGCGAACGCCUGCACCGCUGCCAAGUGUGCGAAAAACCUUUUACACGGGCGGGACAGCUCCGAAAACACGCGUUGCGUCAUGAAACGGGACAGUGA